AACAUGAUAAAAGUGGCGGUGUUUAACUACAUAUUUUUACUUUUCUUUCUAACCACGGACUUUGUAAAGUGUGCCUGUCCUUGUGAAUAUAAACAACAGUGUGAUAUUAUUAAGGAUAAUAAGCGCAAAGAGGUAUUUAUAUUUUCAUUGGAUAAGAGGGAAGGAAAAUGGAGCCACUAUGAUUGGUCGAAAGUGACCACGGUUGUAAUGGUUGGGUAUAUUAACCUUGAUUUGAUGUGUUUUGCCCACAAACACGGAGCAAGGGCUGUUUUAAUCGCAAACUUUCCGAAGGCAAACCUGACCAAUGCUGCACAGAGAAGUAAUUGGGUUAAGGACAAACUAAACAUUGUGCAGAAAAACUACCUCGAUGGAAUAAAUAUUGACUUCGAAGACUUUAUUGCUGAGAAUAGGACAGACCAGAGAGACGGUUAUACAGAACUGGUGAAUGAAACUUAUCAGACAUUCAAACAAGCCAACAAAAAUUAUCAGGUUACAGUUGACGUUGCAUGGAGUCCAGUGGGAGUUGACCAAAGAUUUUACGACUACCUCAAACUAAGUUAUGUUAGUGAUUUCUUGUUCAUUAUGUCUUAUGACGAACAAAGUCAAAUAUAUGGAGAAUGCAUUGCAGGAGCAAAUUCGGGAUUCUACAAAACAGAAUCAGGUUUCUAUAAGUACUAUGAAAUGGGAGCCGAUUUAAAUAAAUUAGUGUUGGGAGUACCAUGGUAUGGUUAUAUCUAUCAAUGUGAAAGCAUCACAAAGGAUAACAAAUGUGCUAUAAAACACGUUCCUUUCCGAAGAAUCAACUGCAGUGACGCAGCAGGUUCAGAAAUUAAUUACAGUUAUAUAAUGUCGUCACUGCUACCAAAAUCUUCAACCGGACGAAUAUGGGAUAAGAAAACACUUUCACCAUACUUUAAUUUUGUAAAUAAUACAGUAACUUACCAGAUAUGGUAUGAUGACCCAGAGAGUCUCGUUUUGAAAUACAACAUCAGUACGUACCACAGACUACGAGGGGUGGGUAUGUGGAACGCUGAUGCUGUGGACUUCCAGAUAGACCCAGAGGGCGCGAAAAAAAUGUGGGACGCUCUUCCGGUGUACUGAGAAAUAGAUCAUGUGAUAUCAGCAGAUCAUUUCUAUUUUCCAGGUUUUGUUGGGAGAAGUUACUGCUGGGGUGUUCCUGCAUAAUUAAAUGAGGAACUCGAAUUUAUCGUAUUUCAUUAAAUUAGUAUGUCUAGUGAAAUUACCUUUAUGUAUGUUUAAAAAAAUUAUAAUUUUAUAUGCAAUAUCAUGUUAUUAACUUAUUAUGUUUAGUUGGCCAACAUUCCAU